UUGUAAAUUUGAUUAACUAAUUUCAAUUAGCUUUUAAAUGUGUCACUAAAUGAAUUAAGUCUGGUGGCAUCAGCUUGUCUGCUGAAAGAACAAUAACUACUAUCACCAAGAAGUAAUUACUACUGGUUAAUCAUUAGUGUCUGUGGAAACAAUAGAAUAAAUUACCUCUUUAAGACACAUAUCACACACUCUCAUAUGCAUGUAAUUUCUCACACACAUUCCCAUAAACUGCCCUGGACCUUACUACAAUACUUUGAGGACCUUCGGUAAACUCUUAAAUACACCCACUUCUUUCUCUCCUCCCCUCUUCCUCUCUUCUUCAGUGAGUCCCGCUCUGCUCUGCUCAGACCAGGAGGCAGACCUUCACAUGUAAAGUAAAGAGGUGUGGAUCUUGGACUUUUUGCUCAGCUAUGCAGUAAAGAGGGGGAUUAGCUCAAGCUGAGCAGCAGUGCGAGGAUUGGGCAUUUAGCCAUUUAUCCAUCUUCUGGCUGACGGAGAGGGACGCUAUUAUUCUUUCUGUCUCUGUGUCUUUCUCCUCUUCAUUCCCUUUUCAUUCUCCCUUCCUCCUUCUUCCCCUCUCCCCCCCUCUCUCAACCAUGACCCUUUUAUCAGAGGACCAGUCCGUCAGGCCCCAACCCUGCCGGCUCUCAGAGCCUGGCAAACACAUCAACUCUUUGCACCAGUACUCAACAGACUACACUGGCUCCAAAGAGGACUACAUGGACAGUGUGGAGACCUCUGUGUUUGGAUCUGUGGAGCCCCCCAGGCGCUCACGGGGCCGCCUUAUCCUCCACGGCCUGGUCAUGUUUGGAAGGGAAUUCUGCUACGCUGUGGAGGCAGCAUUCGUCACACCGGUGCUUCUGAGCGUGGGCCUACCCCGCAGCAUGUACAGCUUGGUGUGGUUGAUCAGCCCCAUCCUGGGCUUCCUGCUUCAGCCCAUCAUCGGUUCAGCCAGCGACUACUGCCGAUCGUCGUGGGGCCGGCGGAGGCCUUACAUCCUGGUCCUGGGUAUCCUCAUGCUGGUGGGGAUCACCCUCUUCCUUAACGGAGAUGCUGUCAUCUCAGGACUCAUCAGUGACAGGUCAUUGAGGAGUAUAUGGGCCAUUGUGGUGGUGAUGUUCGGAGUCGUGCUGUUUGAUUUUGCUGCAGACUUUAUCGACGGGCCCAUCAAGGCCUACCUGUUUGAUGUGUGUUCACAUCAAGACAAGGAAAGAGGUCUGCACUACCAUGCUCUACUCACGGGUCUGGGUGGAGCCUGUGGCUACUUGGUGGGAGCUAUGGACUGGGGUCACUCUAUGAUGGGUCAACUGCUGGGAUCUGAGUACCAGGUCAUCUACUUCUUCUCAGCAAUUACCUGGGGCAUCCUCCUCACCGUUCACCUCUUCAGUAUUCCAGAGCAACCUCUGGGCAAGGACCCUGCCGCUGACUCCUCACCUCCCAGUGCCCUCCGCCUGUUGGCCUCCCACAGCAAUGGAUACGGAGCACUGGCUAAAGAACCCAUCUCACCUGUCUCUCCUGUUGUCCCAGCAUCAGUCCCGGACCUCAGGCCGAGGUCUUUCUCAGCUCUGGGGGAGGCAAACUCGGUGACCUCCAGCGCUAAGCAGCCAAACAAAGAGGCCCAGAAGCGGAUGACAUUCAGGUCACUACUGAAAACUAUCAUCAACAUGCCAAAUCACUACCGCUGCCUGUGUGUCAGCCACCUACUGGGAUGGACAGCUUUCCUCUGCAACAUGCUCUUCUUCACCGAUUUCAUGGGACAGAUUGUAUACAGAGGAAAUCCUUAUGCCGACCACAACUCCACAGCCUACAUCACAUAUGAGAGAGGAGUGGAAGUGGGCUGUUGGGGACUGUGUAUUAAUGCUGUGUCUUCUGCUCUCUACUCCUAUGUGCAGCGCUUCCUUCUCCCAUACAUCGGCCUGAAGGGGUUGUAUUUCAUGGGCUACUUUGUGUUCGGCAUGGGCACCAGCCUAAUCGGCCUCUUCCCCACCGUCAUCGCCACGCUCAUCCUCUGCAGCGUGUUCGGCGUCAUGUCCAGCACACUGUACACCAUCCCGUUCAACCUGAUAGCAGAGUAUCAGCGUGAAGAAGAGGAGCAACUGAAGCUGCGAGGAAGCAAUGAAAGUCCGCGAGGCAGCGGGGUGGACUGUGCUGCGCUCACAUGCAUGGUCCAGCUGGCUCAGAUUAUUGUGGGCGCGGGGCUCGGCGCUCUGGUCAACAUAGCAGGAAGUGUAAUUGUUGUGGUGCUCUCGGCCUCGACCAUGUCCCUGUUCGGCUGCAUCUUCAUCGCUCUCUUUAUCAGAUAUGUUGAAUGA